AGGGAAUAGCGAUUAGCGAUCUACGUACCGUCAACUACUAGCUACUUUUCUUCUUUUUUUAUAUAAACACUUAACACAUCGUCCUCGUUCAUACUUUAUCCGUAUACAUCGAAAUUAAGAUAUUUAAAAAUUUUGUGACAGAUUCUGAACAAUGGCUCCGCGUUAUGAGCUAGCGGUUGGUUUAAAACGUGGUCACAAGACCACAAAAAUCGAAAGGGUCGGUAAAGUCAGUGGUAAAGAACUGUCAGCCAAAAGUGAAAAGCUCAGACAAGCCCGCACUAAAGGCCGUUUGACUAAGCACAACAAGUUUAUCAGGGAUGUUGUAAGGGAAGUUAUGGGUCAUGCACCAUUUGAAAAGAGAGCCAUGGAAUUGUUGAAGGUAUCCAAAGACAAGCGUGCAUUGAAAUUCUUGAAACGACGAUUGGGAACACACAUUCGUGCCAAGAGGAAGCGUGAAGAACUUAGCAACAUUUUAUUGCAAAUGAGAAAGGCACAAGCUACUCACACAAAAUAAUUUCAAAGCUUUUUAAUGUCUUUAUUUGAUUUGUAAUAAAAAUGUUGACUGCUAAGAA